AUGGCUGUCGUUAGUGGAACUUACCGCAUGGUGUCCGAGGAGGAGCAGGCUCUCCGCGCUAAAUUAGAGCGCCUCACCGUCAAGGACCACGGGCCCGUUUUUGGCCCCAGCCCCAGCCUUCCAGACCACACGCGGCAAAAGGCCAAAGACGAGCUGAACGAGACGGACGAGAAGCGGACGUCAGCCGUCAAGGAGCUGCGGGGGAUGAUCAAGGAGAAGGCGGACGCCGGAGACGAGCUGGCUAAGGGGGUGUUGGAGACUUUCGGGGAGAAAUCGGACAGCCUGCUGGUGCGCUUCAUCCGGGCUAGGAAGUACGACGUUCCUAGAUCUUUCGAUCUCAUGAAGGGCUACGUGCGUUUCAGAAAGGAGUACCCCGAACUGUUCGAGAACCUGACGCCCGAAGCGGUACGCAGCACCAUCGAGGCCGGCUACCCCGGAAUCCUCCAGAGCCGGGACAAAUACGGCCGCGUGGUUCUUCUCUUCAACAUCGAGAACUGGGACUACGAGGAGAUCACCUUUGACGAGAUCCUACGAGCCUACUGCGUCAUCCUGGAGAAGCUCCUGGAAAACGAGGAGACUCAAAUCAACGGCUUCUGCAUCAUCGAGAACUUUAAGGGCUUCACCAUGCAGCAGGCGUCCGGUAUCAAACCCACCGAGCUUAAGAAGAUGGUGGACAUGCUGCAGGACUCGUUCCCGGCCCGUUUCAAAGCCGUGCACUUCAUCCACCAGCCGUGGUACUUCACUACUACUUACAACGUGGUCAAACCACUCAUGAAGAGCAAGCUUCUGGAGAGGGUGUUUGUGCACGGAGACGAGCUGGAAAACUACUACAAGGAGUUUGACGCCGACAUCCUCCCUGCCGAAUUUGACGGCAAAGCGCCCAAAUACGAUGGCAAAGCCACGGCGGCCAAGUUGUUUGACUAA